AUGCUGCGACGGCCUCCAGGUGAAGGGAGGCACGUCGCUCGUCAGCGGACCUACCUCCUCGCACUCGCCGUCCUCGUCAUCUCAUGCCUCCCCCUGGCCGAUGCGCAACCCCAUCAGCAGCAACAACAGCAACGGAAAUCAUUUGAGCCCAUCGCUCAGAUCCACCGAGUCCAUCAGCAACACCCCGCUGCCGGUAGCAGUCAGCAUGAGGCCGUUCGUGAUGUCCACCCGGACGCCGCCGCCCGCAACUGGGCCGCUACCAACAUCAUCCAGGCCGACAAUGCUGUCGAGUCUCCGAGGCGCCGAAACUCCGUAACCUCGAACCAACCACAAACACAAAAACAACAACACAACCGUCGGUCCAACCCCGACAACAUUAUCAUUCCUAACGAUGCGAGCGCCGUCGCAACUUUGGCUCCGGCUCAGUCCGUGCGAGCACCUCCUUCUGGACAUCGACCCAUCGCCUCCCGCGUCGGAGGCGAUGGGAUCUCUACGCAGCACCAUGCGCGGAGUCUGAAGGACUGGGAAGUAGAAGACUUCGUUCUUAUGGCGACCGUCGAUGGACACCUCUACGCUACCGACCGCGGCACCGCCGCCGAACGCUGGCACCUCGAGGUUGACCAGUCAAUGGUUGAGACAAAGCACUACCGCCUCAACGCCUCUGACCUUGACGACGACUACAACCUCAUCGAUCACUACGUCUGGGCCAUCGAGCCUAACCGCGACGGAGACAUAUACUACUGGGUCCCCGGCUCCAGCGAGCCCAGACUCUUGCCCACCGGCUUGACCAUGAAACAAAUGGUCGACGAGGGCGCCUCGGCCCUCGAGAAUCCUCCCAUCGUCUACACCGGCACCAAAAAGACCACCAUGAUCACUCUAGAUGCUGCCACCGGCCGUGUGCUGAAGUGGUUCGGAUCCGGCGGUUCCCACAUCAACGAAGCCGAGAGCUGUUUGCGCCCCAACGCGCUCUACGACCAGAACAAUGAGGAGUGCAGUUCCAUUGGCACAAUCACCCUUGGCCGCACUGAGUACGAGGUCGGCAUCGCUCGCAGGGAUGGCCGUCCCAUUGCCACACUCAAGUUCUUCGACUGGACCCCCAACACGAACGACUUCGACCUACUUAACCAACAUCAUCAAUCCAUCGACGCCCGCUACCACACCUCUACGCACGAUGGCAAAAUAUACGGCUUCGAUUACGGCAAGACCAGCACCGGAGAUCUUCCCGUCUUCUGCAAGGCCCAGUUUGCAUCUCCUGUCGUCAAGGUCUUUGACGUCUGCAGACCCGUUGGCCUGGAGCCCUUGAUUAACCCGGACUUGAUUGUCCUGCCGCAGCCGGUCCCCCCCGCCAAAGACGAAGGUGCCGCUCGCAUCAGGAACCAGCGCAUAUUCGUAAACCAGACCGAGAUGGGCAAUUGGUACGCCUUGUCAGGACGUUCUUACCCUCUCAUACUCGACGCCCCUUUGGCCAAGACUUCGUCGCCAGACUGGCUCCAGCUGGCACCCCCAUGGGAGAAGAUGAACGAGACGCAGAGAAUCGGAGCCAUGAUUGGUAUCCACUACGUGGACGGGGUCAUCAGGGAAAAGAUUUACCAACCUCCCAGUCUUCCCGGGCGUUCCCCCGAAACGUCCGACGCCGUCGUGGACCCUGAAAACAACUCGGCGUUGCCAACCACAGCUGCCGAGGAUGCUGUCGAGACGCCAACGAUUGUGAAGAAGGUCAAGUCCAUACCACACCACGUUUCCAACAGCGUCAUCGACUUCUUCUCCAACCCUGUUCUGAUCGUGCUCAUUGUGUCUGUUUUGUUCUUCUAUCAGAAGGACUUGCGCCGAUGGUACAAGACGAAGACGACGAAAUGGAACAUGCGCUACGAGACUGCUUCGGACACGGAGGACAUGAUGGCUGAUGCUACCCCCGAACCUACGAUCCAUGAUCAUAUUCCGCCUUCCGCACCGGCUCAAUUCGAUGCCUUGCCCAAGCCCGAGGAGGUCGUUACGGCCGACACCAAGGUAGAGUCCGAGACCACUCCCACACUCGAGUCACCGGCGAGUGCCCCUGAGAAAGAGGGCGACAAGACCAGUGCCGGCACUCAGCCGCCCGCAUCUAUCGAGAAGGACUCAUCUGUGACCCCCCCAGAGCCCGGUACGCCCGAGGUCAAGAAGAAGAAACCUGCCCACCGUGGCCGCCGCGGAGGGACAAAACAUCGCAAGGGCAAGAAGCGAGAAGAGAUGUCUCAGUCUCGAGAUGAUGAGCCGCCUGCCUCUGUCGAGGACGCCGUCAACAAAGCCAAGAAGCUCGGCGGGCAGUCCACUCGCCUGGAGCCCGAUGUCAUGACCGUUGCGAACGAUAUGCAAGCCGUGACGGGACCCAUUAUCAGAAUGGGCAACAUUGAGGUCGACACCGAAAAUCAACUUGGUACUGGCAGCAACGGCACUUUGGUCUUCGCUGGCAAGUUUGAUGGGCGUGAGGUCGCUGUGAAGCGAAUGCUCAUUCAGUUCUACGACAUUGCCUCUCAGGAGACGAAGUUGCUACGGGAGAGUGACGAUCACCCCAAUGUCAUUCGUUACUACGCUCAACAGGUCCGAGAUGGCUUCCUGUACAUCGCGCUUGAGCGGUGUGCGGCCUCGCUGGCCGACGUCGUUGAGAAGCCUCAUCAUUUCUCUCGGCUGGCCCAAGCAGGCAAGACGGAUCUGCCUGGUGUCUUGUACCAAAUCACCAACGGAAUUCACCACUUGCACAACCUUCGUAUUGUUCAUCGCGAUCUGAAGCCUCAGAACAUUCUGGUCAACAUGGGCAAAGACGGCCGGCCUCGGCUCCUCGUCUCCGACUUUGGCCUAUGCAAGAAACUGGAGGGCGGCCAGUCGUCCUUCGGCGCGACCACUGGCCGUGCCGCUGGAACGUCUGGCUGGCGAGCUCCUGAGCUGCUCCUUGACGACGAUGCCAGAGACUCUGCCAUGGACAUCAGUAUCAACAGCGGCUCAGGCUCUAUCCUCGUCGGCUCCGACAUGAUGUCUAACCGUCGUGCCACUCGCUCGAUUGACAUCUUCAGCUUGGGACUGGUCUUCUUCUACGUUCUGACGAAUGGCUUGCACCCCUUCGACUGCGGCGAUCGCUACAUGAGAGAGGUGAAUAUCCGCAAGGGCAACUACAACCUGGCACCUUUGGAUGCGCUUGGUGACUUUGCCUACGAGGCCAAGCAUCUCAUCGGCAUCAUGUUGAACGCGAAUCCCAAGGAGCGUCCCACGGCCCGCGACGUCAUGGCCCAUCCCUUCUUCUGGUCUGCUAAGAAGCGCCUCGCGUUUUUGUGCGACGUCUCGGACCACUUUGAAAAGGAACCGAGAGACCCCCCUAGUGACCAUCUUCAGUACUUGGAGAAGCACGCGCCGGCCAUCACCAAGAGUGAUUUCCUCCGCCUGCUGCCCCGCGAGUUUGUGGAUUCUCUAGGUAAGCAGCGCAAGUACACGGGCUCGAAGCUGCUAGAUCUAUUGAGGGCGUUACGCAACAAAAAGAACCAUUACGAGGACAUGCCUGACUCGCUGAAACGCACGGUGGGCCCCUUGCCCGACGGUUAUCUCGCGUUCUGGACAGUCCGUUUUCCUAGGUUGUUGCUGGACUGUUGGAACGUGGUUUGGACGGUGGAGUGGGAUAACACUGAUCGUUUCCGGGAGUACUAUGAGCCGGCGGGUCUGUAG